AUGAUGCGCCGUGUUUAUGCCCCGGUGUUUUGCAGUGUUGCCGCUGCCCGCUUUGCCGCCACCAGCGCCGCGAAGAAGUAUGAUUUAUUUGGUUAUGAGGUGGAUACCAACACUGCACCAUGGAUUGAAAAGAUCAAGAAGUGCAAGUAUUACGACGAAGCCGGGGAGGUGCUCGUAAACAUGAACGUCAGUAACUGCCCGCCGGAUAUCGCCACAUAUAAUGCCACACUCCAGUGUAUUUACCAGUCCCCCUCGAAGCAGUCGACACCCGUGGAUAAUGAAAGUAAGUUCUGCGCGAUGAUGGAUUUGUUGGAGGAGAUGCAGCACCGUAACAGGUUAAAACCUAACGAAGAAUCCUGGACAUGGGUGAUGAAGGAGUGCGUAAAGAGUGGCCAGUUCCGCCUCGGCUACUGCAUUCAACAGGUGAUGGAAACGGAAUGUAAGGGAUGCCCAGCAGAUCUCGUAAAGGCCAAUGAAGCCAAUGCACAGAAGGCGAAAACAGAGGGGAAAGAACAUCCAGGGCACCUUUCACAGCAGGCAGGAUUGUUUGAUGUAAAGGUAGAGUAA